AUGCUUCGAUUAAUUAGCAUAUUAGUAGCAUUUAUUACUGUUGUAAAUGCUAUUCCGGUUGAUAAUGGUGUCGAAGGUGAACCAGAGAUUGAAUGUGGUCCAACAUCAAUCACUGUUAAUUUUAACACUCGAAAUCCAUUUGAAGGACAUGUUUAUGUGAAAGGACUGUAUGAUCAACAAGGAUGUCGCAAUGAUGAAGGUGGACGACAGGUAGCCGGAAUUGAGCUACCGUUUGAUUCAUGUAAUGUCGCACGUACACGUUCGUUAAAUCCACGUGGAAUAUUUGUCACGACAACAGUGGUCAUUUCAUUCCAUCCAUUGUUUGUCACAAAAGUUGAUCGUGCGUAUCGUGUACAAUGCUUUUACAUGGAAGCUGAUAAGACUGUUAGCACACAAAUUGAAGUUUCCGAGAUAACAACAGCAUUUGCAACACAAAUUGUACCAAUGCCUGUGUGUCGAUAUGAGAUUCUUGAUGGUGGACCAUCAGGACAACCGGUUCAAUUUGCUACUAUCGGACAACCGGUUUAUCAUAAAUGGACAUGUGAUUCUGAAACAGUUGAUACAUUCUGUGCAGUAGUACAUUCAUGCUUUGUUGAUGAUGGUAAUGGUGAUAAAGUAGAGCUAUUAAAUGCUGAUGGUUGUGCUUUGGACAAAUUCCUACUUAAUAAUUUAGAAUAUCCAACAGAUUUAAUGGCUGGACAAGAAGCACACGUAUACAAAUAUGCUGAUCGAUCACAACUUUUCUAUCAAUGCCAAAUUAGCAUAACAAUUAAGGAACCAAACAGUGAAUGUCAACGACCACAAUGCGCUGAGCCACAAGGUUUUGGCGCAGUUAAAACGCGCAAUGGUGUUGCAGCUGCAUCACGACAAGCUGCUGCAUUUAGAGUGCUGAAAAAGAGAGAUGUAAGAGAUGAGAAUGUUGUUGAUGUACGUACCGAUCUGAAUACAUUGGAUAUAAAUGAAGAGUUUACUUCACUGCCAAAUGCACUACGUCAUCGAUCAUCAUCACUCUUAGCACAUGAAAAUGGUCAUCCGGUAAUUGUCGCAACAAUGACACAAGGUAUAUGCAUGUCAGUGACCGGUUUUACACUUGCCGGUAUGCUAAUAUUUAUUAUUGUUUCUGUUGCUACCAUUGUUUCCAUUACAUUAUUACGAUCACAUUCUACCAAAGUUUAA